AUGCGGGGUGUGCAAAUUUUCUCGGGCAAUUCCCAUCCCGGCCUCGCAGAUACUAUUUGUGAACGGCUGGGUACUUCGCCCGCCAAGGCAGACCUUGGCAAAUUCGCCAAUGGCGAGACAAGCGUGAACAUCAACACCUCGGUACGAAACCAGGAUGUCUACAUCAUCCAGAGUGGCAGCAGUAAGAUCAAUGACAGUGUAAUGGAGCUGUUGAUUAUGAUCUCUGCAUGCAAGGGUGGUUCGGCCAAGUCGAUUACUGCGGUCAUGCCGUACUUUCCCUACUCGCGCCAAUCCAAGAAGAAGAGCCACCGCGGUGCUAUCACGGCCCGCAUGCUCGCGAACCUACUCUCCAUCGCCGGCGUGGACCAUGUCAUCACCAUGGACUUACAUGCAUCUCAGAUGCAAGGCUUCUUCGGCAAACCCGUCGAUAACCUCUUCGCCGAACCGUUUAUUGCCCGCUGGAUCCGGAUGAACGUGGCUGGCUGGAAGGACGGCGUGGUAGUCAGUAAGAAUGCCGGUGGUACCAAACGGGUCACCUCGCUGGCCGACGCGUUGAAGUUGAACUUUGGUAUCGUGACUACCGAUCGUCGGCGACCGAAGGUUCCGAUGACAAUGUCCGACAGCACUGUUUUCUUCGAUGCGAUGGACGAGGAUAGCCGACCCAAGGAUCAGCUGUUUGCAGCUCACAUGCAGCGUGUCAAUGCCACGCCCCCUAUUCGGGAGGAACCUGAAACUCCUAGCACACCGGAGUCUUUGUUGCGUCCCGAGACUCCCCCGGCUGCCCGUCGUCCGUCGGAGUUGGAGGCUGCUUGCGAGUACACUGAUGUGCGGGUGCGGGAUGUGGUGACUGGCCGUCUGGUGCAGGGUCAGUUGGUAGAUGAUGAUUACCAUGCUGACUCAGCCUCCCAGUCUGGCGGCACUACCCCCGGCGCUGGCAGUGGCGCUGGCGAUGACGUUGAACACACGGAAGUCCCAGAUGCCAUGAUGAACUCGAUGAUCUCUAAUGUCUCCUCGUUGGCCCCUGAUCAUGCUCUGGGCGGCUCAUUCGAUGCAGUUGAAUCUGAUGAUGACGAGGCCAGCGUGGCUGGCUUUGAGCACGAGAAGACCAUCACCCUGGUCGGUGAGGUGCGUGACCGAGCCGUGUUUAUUGUGGAUGACAUGAUUGACAAGAGUGGAUCAUGGAUCGCCGCCGCCGAGACGGUUGUGAAACGCGGUGGAGCCCGAAAGGUGUACUGCAUCGCCACUCACGGCCUGUUUGGAGCUGAGUCCCUUGACCAGCUGGAAGAAUGUUCGUCCAUUGAUCACAUUGUGGUGACAAAUACUUUCCCGAUCCCGCCGUCCAUGCUCCAGCGGUCCAAGAAGCUAAUCGUGAUCGACAUUUCGACGCUUCUGGCUGAGAGCAUCCGGCGGCAUCACUACGGUGAAAGCGUCUCGGCGCUUUUCCAUCUUAACGAUUGA